CGGUUAUCAGACUUGAUUUAUCUCUUUUUUUUUUGAGGGGGGGAGGUAAGGACGACGCGUCCUCGUCAAGGAAAAAAAUUGAUAGUGCACGGAAUAUAAAGAAUGGCUACGAAAAGAAUAACAAAGGAAUUACAAGACUUGGGUAGAGACCCCCCUUCUAACUGUAGUGCGGGGCCCGUAGGGGAUGACCUCUUUCAUUGGCAAGCUACUAUCAUGGGCCCCCCGGACUCUCCUUAUGCCGGUGGAGUAUUCUUUCUCAAUAUUCACUUUCCAACAGACUAUCCUUUCAAGCCGCCUAAAGUUCAAUUCACUACCCGUAUAUAUCAUCCCAAUAUCAACUCCAAUGGAAGUAUUUGUUUGGAUAUUCUCCGAGAUCAAUGGAGUCCAGCUUUGACCAUAUCCAAAGUUCUAUUGUCCAUUUGUUCUUUGUUGACGGAUCCUAAUCCAGAUGACCCGCUCGUUCCAGAAAUUGCUCAGUUGUACAAGACCAACAGAGGGAAAUAUGAAGAAACUGCUAGAGAAUGGACAAGGAAAUAUGCUAUGUGAGAAAGGCGGUUACUCAUGCUUUUGUGUUUUUACAGAUAAACGUCUAAUGGAUUUUUGCUAGUAUUCAUUCAUUCAUUCAAUGUAAAGAAUUUUUUGUGCUAACCUUUGGUAUUUUUCGAUCAGUAUUGCUUGAAUAUGUGACGCUGACUUGCUCUUGUGUUAACCAGCUCUGUUAUUGACAUUCAAGUCCGAGCUUUGUCUUUUCAAAAUAUUAUCAAGUUCAGUCUAGUUUGUCUUUCCUUUAUCCUUUACAAAAUGUUUUCUUUGAUGAUUUACAGCUUGAACCUCAAAGAGCUCAACUAAAAGCACAACAUAACCAGAAAAGAAAUUUUGUUCAUGCUGCAAAAACCAUAAAAAAGAUCGACCAACGUGCGAACGAAAAUUGACAAGAAGUUGCUCUCAAAAGUGUGAUUCUAUUCUAGCCAACAAAAGUUGUUGUAACAGAACAUUUCAAAUAUGGAAUGUACACUUUCUGUAAAAAACGAAUUCGAAAAUUAUUUUCCAAAUCAAUUCUAACUUACACUGUGUCAGAAAAUUGCAAUUUUGCCAAAGUAAAACGGUAUGUAAGUCAUUGCCUUAAAAAUCAAUAAGAAGUUAAUUAUUUUAAAAUUACAAAAACCCAAAUUAUUUAAGCUGAAGGAUUCUCCUAAAAUCUAAAGAAAAUAAACAUUGUAUAUAAGAG